GCUGCAGUAACUUCACACCAGAAGCAGAUUUCUGUUUUUGCUAGGUCAAGACGAACAAUUUUGAGCUGUCGAGCAACAUUGGAGCAGAAAGAAACACAACAUUUUAUUAUACGUUCUGAUUUAAAAAGCUGGGAUGAGGCAUUUUCCAAUUAACUUUAGUUUAUUUAAUGGCAGGUAUUGGAAAUUUCACAGUAAAAAGGAAGACAUAUUUAUUAGACAUCGAAGUGCAAUAAGCGGUCGACAAAUACACUGUAAUCUUCCUUAAUUUAAAGGAUUGUGAAUCAUUUUAACGUUUGAUAUUUAAUUCGCAUUGCAAAGACAUUUGCAGUUGCUGUGCAGCCCGCCAUCCUUACCUAGUCGGGUUUGGCGACAGUACCGUUGACUAGAGAUUUUCGGUCUGCUGCGUUUGUUGCUGAAGCGGCGGGUUGUUUUGGUUAGCGUUAACUUAGCUUGUUGUAAGAGUUUGCUAAAAGCGGGUCCUGAGCGCCUACAGCUUUACUUUCAGUCAUUGCAAGGAUUUUCCGUGCUGUUGGAAAAAUAUUUUGGAGGGUUACUCAUUGUUUGUGAAACUGAAGGGUCAGCGACCAAAGCGAAUAUUAGCCCAGUUAGCAAUCCAGGCCAGCAACCUUAGCGCCAAACAAGUUCAUUGUUUUGAGUCUUGACAUAUUGCAAGUUGACUUGUGCUGGUUUUCGCGUCAGGGCGAUAGCACGCAAUACUUCCAAGUUGCACAAAACAAACAUUCUAUGUAAACAUGAAACUUUUGGAGAACUCGAGUUUUGAAGCAGUAAACUCUCAACUAACCAUUGAGACAGGAGACUGUCAGAUAAUUGGACGGAUCGAGAGUUACUCCUGUAAAAUGGCAGGAGAGGACAAGCAGAUGUUCAAACAGUUCUGUCAAGAGGGUCUUCCGCACGUGCUGGAGGCAUUGUCACCUCCUAAUUCCGUGGGAAUUAGUCCGAACAAGCUGAGCCAAAGUCAAAGUGGAGAUGAAGGAGAAGGUCCUCUGUCUGACAAGUGCAGCAGGAAGACGCUGUUCUACCUGAUCGCCACCCUCAACGAGUCCUUCCGUCCAGACUACGACUUCAGCCGGACCAAAGGCCAUGAUUUCAGCAGAGAGCCUAGCUUGAACUGGGUGCUGAACGCUGUGAACAGUAGCCUGUCAGCAGCAGCCGGGGAGGCUUACAGCAGACUGCAGCCUCUCCUGUGGGAGGCCAUCGACACAGAGAUCUGCCUCUCUGACUGUGACAUUUACAGCUACAACCCUGACCUGGACUCAGACCCGUAUGGAGAAGAGGGCAACCUGUGGUCCUUCAACUACUUCUUCUACAACAAGAAGUUGAAAAGGAUUGUUUUCUUCACUUGCCACUCAGUCAGUUCGUUUAUGGCUCCACGAGACUCUGGCAUUGGGAAUGAUCUGGAUUUGGAGCUGGAUGAAGACUAUGAGGAUGGGGAGAGCAUGGAUGAGGGAAGGUGUGGAGCAGUGUGUGCACAAUGAGGAUGAGGAGGAGGAAGAGGAAAGGCCCAUGCUGCCGACCAUCUUCCUCAGAGGAUGAAGAUGAAGAUGCAGAUUCCCAGCUUUUGUGUUCCAUUCCUCUGAUCUCUACACAUGCACGCCUCAGGAGUCAGGUCAAAGGCCUAAUUUCACCUUCAGCUUCACCCCUAAUCAUGUUUCUGCACAGGGCUCAGUCACCCAGAUAGACCUGACUAUGGAGGUUGUGUUUUUCAGGGUGCUGUUGAACGCACACGCACACGCACACGCGCACACACACAUUCACGCACGCACGCACGCACGCACGCACACACACACACACACACACACACACACACACACACACACACACACACACACACACACACACACACACACACACACACACACACACACAUCAACACAUCUUUCUCCAUGCAGAAGUCGGUGCUGUUUAGUUUAACAUCUCUGAAGUUACUGACAUUCCCACAAGCACAUCCAUAUUGGAUAUAUAACAAGGAGAAUUUCAAAUGUGCAGUUUUGUCAAAUGUCAGCGUGUGGACAUGGUGGGAUUUUUUGUUUUGUAUUUUUCCAACCAGCCGUUGUUGUGGUAUCCUGAGUCCAACCCCAGUCCUAGGUGUGGCGUCCACAUUCCUCUUAAGGAUUUGGACACAGUGUAAAUCCUCGUUCCAUUUCACCUAUUAUUCCAUCUGUGCUUCACGCUUGUGUUUGCACUGUUUCCUAUUUUCGCCUCGUUAAAAGUCAUCCAAGCAUAAUAUUUUUCGUCAUUCCAAAGAUUUUUCUCGAACAGGGUGAAGCAGACUGGUGUAAUUUUAAGUUUGAGCCACAAGGAGGCGCUUUCUGUCAGCAACUAAAUUUUCAUUAUUAUGAUCAGGCAUCACCUGGCGUGCAGUGUUCAACCGUAUUCUUGAACAACUUUUUAUUUUGUUUUAGUUGACAGCUUUUGCUUUUAACCUAUGCAUAUUCUCUUUUUAAUGUUGUAGCACAUGAACCCUGUUGGAUGUUUUACUUUAAUGGAACCCUGUUGGAUAUUUUAUUUUUUUCUGUAGAUGAUGGGCUAAUAAAAGAACCACAACGAAAGCUAGUCUACAAUGGUCAGGGUUUAUUCAACUGAUCCUUUCAGUCAAACCUGUAAAGGUUAUCCUGUCAGUCUUCUGUCAAGAGAAGCUGAAUAAACCUCUAGGCUUUCAGAGCGUCUUGGCAGUCGAUCUACAUAGGUGAUUCACCAAGUGUUUCGCAACACAAACAACUCUUGACAUUCAUUUAUUUCAGUGUAACAUGAGAUCUUUUAAUUUAAACUGUGCUUUAGGUUGUGUUGUAUUUAGACGCUGUAUUGACGUUUUAAAGAUAGCGCGUGGUCCCAUAGUGAAGUGUUAAUACACAGUAUAUUCUCAACUCAUGUGGUGAGAGAAACGCUGGCUAAGACCACAAUGUGACUCACCCUCACUGCUUUUUCCUGCGGCUUUGUGAGGACACCUUGAUAAGUCUGCAUUAAUGACUGUCUUCUUUGUCAUCGGUUCCUGAUCUGUCAGCAGCCCUUUCUUGGAAAUUACAGUUUUAUGCGUGUUGAAAAGGGGAUACUUCUCUUUCUCCCCUUUUCAGGUUGUGUUGUUGUAAGUUUGUUUUGAGCUGUCCACUCCACACGGCUUUGCUUGUUUUCUCCUCGGCUGUUAUUAUUGCGGUAUUAUCUGAUUAUGGUAAUAUACCAUGACGACCCCCGCUGACUGAUUUCAUUGUCUGAUGUAAGACUCUGUCCAGUGUAGCCACAAAAGGAGUGUAUUUUUCAUACCGGAGAAGUGUUUCAUCAUCUUGUUGUGUGUGUGUGUGUGUGUGUGUGUGUGUGUGUGUGUGUGUGUGUGUGUGUGUGUGUGUGUGUGUGUGUGUGUGUGUGUGUGUGUGUGUGUGUGUGUGUGUGUUUUAUCAAUAGCUAUGAUGGUGUUUAUUAUGGUUGUCAGUAACAGACUAAGUAAACAGAUGCUUUAGGCAGCUGUUACAUCAUGGUAUGAAAACUCAUUUUUUUUUCUUUGCUUCUGCGUGACAGGCAGUCACCAACUUUGUUGACGUCUCGGUCUCAGACAAGGGCUAUAUGGCUGGGAACUCAGCCGUCAGCAUGUUUUCUCCAUGCUUUGGUUGGCAGUAUUGUUUUCCCCAUCCGCAGCUGAAACAGAGGAGCUCUGAGCAGCCAGUCUCGUCCUGUGCAGUGCUGUCAGUCUUGCGUGAGUAGGCCAGGGGGCUUCAGUUCCUCUAGUGUGAACAGAUGUGGUCAGGUGUUUGAAGCCAGGCGUGGUGACAACAGCUUUAGCAAAACACGGUGCUAGUAGCGUGGGUGCGAGGCUCUUUCAUGUUGGAGGUCCGUGGCGUGGUGGAGUGGACGCGUAUUCCCCUGUGUUCACUGUUGAGCAUUGCUACCGCUGUUGUGUUUUCUCUUUAUUUGCCGUCAGACUCUGAGGCGCUGAGUGGGUGUAUGUGGAACAUCUAACCGUUGUCACAGACCCCUCUAGAGAUUUGUCUGAGAACUUCCUGCAAGAUUUAAAAUAGCCAUUGUUUUUUUUUUUCACCCUUUACAUUACCAUACUUUCAAAAUGUUGGCCAAGGAGAGGCGCAGCACAUGCUUGUUGACAUGUUCUUGGUCCAGCAGAAUUCCUCUGCUAUUACCUGUGAGGAGUACUGGUGUCUUGCCAAAUGUCUCUUGUGCAACUAACAGGUAUUUUUAGAUGUGGGUGCACGUUUCUGAAAAGCUACCGACAACUUUGCCCCGAUUGAUGUUAUCUGUGACAAACAAGAGACUGGGAAUGUGAAGUAGUCAAAAUAAGUGCACCUUGUAGGAAUGUACCAGUUUUUUUUCCCUCGAACAAAGUGUUACUGCCCUAUAACCCAGCUCUGAGAGAGUACAGUACAGGAUGAACAUGUUGUAUGGAAGUGAGGGGCGACAUGUUACAAUGUUGAGAUCAAUUUCUGUUGGAAUUGAACCGUGUCACAUGACCAUUGGCAGCUUUUGUUUGUACUGUAUUCUCAAAGAUCUGGUCUUUGUUCUGUAAUAAAACAUGAAUAUCUUAUGUUGUUCGUUUUGUUUCUUGAAUUAAUGUAUCACAUCUCUAGUUAAACUUAUACCAGAAGUGUCUUAAUGAUCACAGCCAGAGAAUGUACCUCGACUACAAAGUGUUGAUUUUGUUCUGUUUGCAUUAGUGCGUAUCCACAGGAGUAGGGGCUUUCAGAGGGGGUUAUGAGGCAAUAUUUGCCAUUUGAACUUCCUGAUGAAACCUAGUCAUGCUUCCUACCUCUAGGUCUUCCUCUGGCUCAUUGAUGCAAUAUCAACUAACUGCAUUGUACUCAUAGUGAAACUCGGGGUGAAGUCUGGCUCUUCCUGCUGCUGUAUAAAUAUCAUUCUGAAGUCAUCAGCAGAUCUCUCAUGACUGCAAGGCGCAAUGGCCUUGUAUUGUUUUUAUAAGGUAAGCGAUACGAUAGCAUGGUAUCUUGGUAUAACAUCUAAUGUCCUUAGAAAUCCUGUCUUUGAGGUGCAGAAUUGCAUAGAGCACAUGCUUAAAUGGAUUGAAACACAAUUAUUACAAACAAAAUGACCUUUUUUUUUACUGUAUUUGAAUUUUCCUUUAUUUUUUUUCAAAGUUUUUACUGGCACCAACAAAAUACCUUUUAUUACUAAAAAUACAUCCACGUGAAUGAACAUGAAAAGAAAAUGCAUGUAGUGUUUUUCGUGAUUUUUUUUAUAAAACAAAAUGUAUUUACAUUUGCAACAAAACAAAACAAAAAAUAGAAUCACCGAUUUGGUGAACGUGAUGGCGGGGCUCAACAUCUGCAUGCUUGCAUCACCACUGAGCACAACUUUUACGACAAGUGUUGUUUAUGCCUAACCAACUGUGGGCACGACAUUGCACCACCCAAAUGGAAAGUUGCUGUAUUGGGGAAUAUUGGAGCGCUGUAUCCUUGGGGGGCCCUUGCCCUCCUCCACUAUGCCUACAUACAUAAUAAGACAGCUCAAGCCUAGAGACACUGCUGGCAUGAGCUGUAAAAUCUGAAAGCAACGUUUUUUGUUUUUUUUUCAUGCGCGCAAAGAUGGCGACAUCACAAGGUCUUCCGAUUCAGCGAGCAGGGCAAAAAAAAAAGAUUUUAUACAGAAUAAAGAAUUAUAUUAAGCUUUCAAAAAGAAUACAGAACUAUAACCAACCCUUUAGAAGGAAAGCCAAAGAGAGUCUUCAGAAGAGCUACACUGAAGUCAGUCUCUUGAGUUUGGACUGAUGAACGCAAAAAUCAGUCUUUGGUGAAAACAUUCGCCUCAUUUCAACUCAGCAGCCGAGAGAGCAGAAAAGAAAUCAACUGUUCAACUCAAAAAGGCACUUUUGACUGGUCAGAUCAGGAUGUUUUAUCCACUGCAAAUAAUGUAAACAGUAAAAACAAGAAACAACGAUAACAAAAAAAGGCACAAAUUGUGCAUCAAGUACUCCAGGAUUCAAGUUUAAAGAGGUAUCUGACAGCUGUCUACGAUUUUUUUUGUUUUUGUUUUCAUAGUUUUCUUUUUUUUAACAGCUGAGAGUCAAACCGAGACUAACGCAUAUUUCAGUGUGUUGAACAACCAAUGAAAUCAAAGCCUGUCCUAGCUCAGUGUGAAUACUGCUGAACGUAAUGCAUUUUCGACAAAACAACAGUCGCAUGAGUUAUGACUGACGUCUGGAAAUCCUGCUUCUGUGACUGCUUUAUCCACCACAACUGCCAAGUGACUUUUUCCUGGCUGCGCUUAGCUGUCUGCACUGCAGCACAGAUGUCAUAACAACUUUGAAAAACUUUUUUUCCUCCUUUUUCAGAGGGAGGUUGGAUCCAGUCCCCCAGUCUAACUCAGAAACACUUUUCUCUGUUCACUGCUGCAGACACUGCCGUGGUUUAAAAAAAAAAGAAA